AUGCCUUCCAAGGGGUCUCAACUUGGUCAUGGCCUGGCCAAGGUCCUAGGUAUCAAGCUUGAUUACCGCCAGGAGAUGGAAGCCGAGAAGAUCACCAGAGGUGAAUCAGUCUUCUCUGUUUCCAGCGCCGACACCUUCGUCGAAGCCGAACCUACUGUCUAUGAAUGGUUCAGCGAGAUCACUCCGAGUCGUUCGGACAUGAUGAACUAUACUCGCAACCUCUUCCCUUUCACCCGCUGGAUCGGUCGUUACAACCUACAAUGGCUUGCUGGAGAUCUGGUCGCCGGUAUUACUAUUGGUGCUGUCGUCGUUCCUCAGGGUAUGGCUUAUGCCAAACUGGCUGAGCUUCCUGUCGAAUAUGGUCUCUACUCCUCCUUCAUGGGCGUCUUGAUCUACUGGUUCUUCGCUACUUCAAAGGAUAUUACCAUUGGUCCUGUCGCUGUCAUGUCCACCAUCGUCGGAAACGUCGUUCUUAAGGCUCAGAAAAGCAACCCUGAACUCGAUGCUCACGUUAUUGCAUCUGCACUCGCCAUUAUUUGCGGUGCGAUCGUCUGUUUCUUGGGUCUCGCUCGUCUCGGUUGGAUCGUCGACUUCAUCUCGCUCACUUCCAUCUCGGCCUUCAUGACUGGCUCUGCUAUCAACAUUUGCGUUGGUCAGAUCCCUACCAUGAUGGGCAUCACUGGUUUCUCGACCCGCGACUCGACAUACCUUGUUGUCAUUCAUAUUCUGCAACAUCUUGGAAGAUCGAAGCUCGACGCAGCAAUGGGUCUUACUGCCCUUGUGUUCCUUUACGUCUUGCGUUUCGGCUUCCAGUACCUUGGAAACAAGUUCCCCAAGCAUCGCAAGCUUUUGUUCUUCAUGUCGACCCUCCGCACUGUCUUCAUCAUCCUUCUGUACACCAUGAUCAGUUGGUUGGUCAACCGCAACAUCCCAAGAAUCCACAAGAAGAACAGCUUGUCCAAGUUCAAGCUUCUGGGAACCGUUCCUCGUGGUUUCAAGCACGCUGCCGUGCCUACCAUCACAACCGAAAUCAUCAAGGUGUUUGCCAGCGAGAUCCCUGCCUCUGUCAUUGUCUUGCUUAUUGAGCACAUUUCUAUCGCCAAGUCCUUCGGCAGAGUCAACAACUAUGCCAUCGACCCUUCUCAGGAGCUUGUAGCCAUUGGCGUCUCUAACCUUCUCGGUCCCUUCCUUGGUGGUUACCCUGUGACCGGUUCCUUCUCGCGUACCGCCAUCAAAUCCAAGGCUGGUGUGCGUACACCUUUCGCUGGUGUCAUUACUGCCGUCAUCGUCCUGCUGGCCAUCUACGCCCUGCCAGCAGUCUUCUUCUACAUUCCCAACUCAGUCCUGUCGGCUGUCAUCAUCCACGCUGUUGGUGAUCUCAUUACCCCUCCUAACACUGUCUACCAAUUCUGGAAGAUCUCACCCAUCGAGGUCCUUAUCUUCUUUGCUGGUGUGCUCGUCACCGUCUUCUCUUCCAUUGAGAACGGUAUCUACACCACAAUCUGUGUGUCGAUCGCCCUCCUCCUCUUCCGUGUUGUCAAGGCUCGUGGUCGCUUCCUCGGAAAGGUCCAAGUUCACUCUGUCAUUGGAGACCAUCUCCUCGAGGACAAGGAUAAGCCUUCGAACGGUUACGGUCACGAAAAGGCCGACCGUAGCAUCUUCUUGCCUCUUGAACACAACGACGGUUCAAACCCUAUGAUCGAUGCAAAGUCUCCUUACCCUGGUAUCUUCAUCUACAGAUUCUCAGAAGGCUACAACUACCCCAACGCCAACCACUAUCUCGACUACAUGGUGCAAUCUAUCUUCCAGCAGACUCGUCGCACUAACCCCAACGCAUAUGGUAGACCUGGUGACCGUCCCUGGAAUGACCCUGGCCCGCGCCGUGGAAAGACUGUUGACGUUGACUACGAUAAACCAACUCUCAAGGCUGUCAUUCUCGAUUUCUCUUCUGUCAACAACGUUGAUGUCACAUCAGUACAACAUCUCAUCGAUGUCCGCAACCAACUUGAUCGUUACAGUUCUCCUGAGAAGGUUCAAUGGCACUUUGCUCACAUCAACAACCGCUGGACUAGACGAGCUCUUGCAUCUGCUGGUUUCGGUUACCCCACUGAAGACGCCGAGGAGUUCAAGCGCUGGAAGCCCAUUUUCAGUGUCGCUGAGCUUGGUGGUACUUCGAGUGCUGCUGCCGAUGCUGAGUAUGCCAUGAACCACGCCGAGCACAAGAAGCACCGUGAUCUCGAGAUCGGACGCUCUCAGAGCAGAGAGAUUACCGGCGAGAGCAGCGAAACUUCCAGCGACAUCAACCAGACUAUUCACAACAGCAAGGCAUAUGGCGCGCAAACCAGCCAGAAGAAGAUUGUUGUGCACGGCCUUAACAGACCCUUCUUCCACAUCGAUCUGACGAGUGCUCUGCAAAGCGCCAUUGCCAACAUUCACGACCCCUCAGCUACUGCCGAUGUUGUCCAGGAUGACGACAAACUCGCAUGA